AUGGUACACAUGCAAGGAAGUGAUGGCAUGGUUCUGAAUCUUAAAUCACCUUCUUUAUACAUUUAUAUUGUUGACGGUGGAAUUUCGUUGCUUGCAAAUAACCUCUUGAUGGUCAUUCCCGUGGCUUUAAGCAAAACUUAUUUUCUACAGGUUUCUGCUGGUUAUUUCAUUGCUGACCUUGGGAUGAUUAUUUGGUUUUAUCCUUCUCUGGGUGGGGUGGAAUAUGUGAUUCAUCAUUUUCUUUCCCUGGUUGCUGUGGCAUAUUCGAUGUUGACUGGGGAGGGGCAGCUUUACACCUACAUGGUUCUUAUCUCUGAGACAACUACUCCUGGAAUCAAUUUGAGAUGGUAUCUUGACACAGCUGGAAUGAAGAAGUCUAAAGCAUAUCUCUUAAAUGGGGUUGUGAUAUUCUUCGCUUGGUUUGUUGCUAGGAUACUCUUGUUUAUCUACCUGUUUUACCAUGUCUUCCUGCACCUAUAUCAGGUCAAGCAAAUGCACUCCUUUGGACGACUCCUGGCACUAGUAGUGCCAGUAGUGCUAUCUGUCAUGAAUUUGAUGUGGUUUUGGAAGAUUUUCAAAGGAAUGAAAAAAACGUUAGCAAAGCGGCACUGAAUAACAUAUCUAAACUGUAGUUGUGCAAACAAGGAAGUAGGCUGCUGCAUAUACAUCGGCUCAUGCUACUCAUCUGGUGUGUUUAUGUUGUGCGUUCUCUCCCCCGUUAUUGUGCACAUGCACACUUGUAAAUGGUUUUUCCACAAUAGGAAGCUUUUUUCUUUUUGUUUACCGUUGAAUGUAGAUCCAAUUCUAUAGAAGAAGUUGAAUAAGAAACUUUACUGCUCGAAGCUGUGAGUGUACAGAAACGAUGAGACAUGAGGAUGGCUUUGUGCAUGUAUUAUUGGCUCGACUUUGGCAAUAAAAUAUUAAAUCCUGGGAUCAGAG